CAUUAAUAAACAGAGAGAAACUACCACUCUCACUCCGACAACCUCCAUUAACAAUGGCUUUCAAAUCCACCGUCACAACAUUGACCAUCUUCUUCUUCUUCUUCGUCGAGCCUAGGGUUGUUUCACAGCAAAUCUCAGCCGUCGAUACAGAAUGCACCAACCGUUGGAUCCACAUCCGUACACUCCCAUCACGAUUCAAUCUCGAUCUUCUCUCAACUUGUAAUCGUUACCCAAUCACCGACGAUCUUUGCCCUUACUUAGCCAAUCACGGACUUGGCCCAAAAACUCAUACCCGUACCCGAAGCUGGUAUCGAACCGACCCGUUACUUCUCGAACUCAUUUUCCACCGUCGGAUUCUCGAAUAUCCAUGUCUCACACCCGACCCGGAUCUAGCCUCCGCCGUUUACCUCCCUUACUACGCCGGUAUCGAUUCUCUCCGUUAUCUCUACGGACCCGAUUUAAACUCAAGCGCUGAUCACGGGUCGGAUCUUCUCGAGUUUUUGACCCGUGAUCAACCCGAGAUCUGGUCUCGUCGCUCCGGUCAUGAUCAUUUCCUCGUUAUGGCUCGACCCGCUUGGGAUUUCUCUCAGCCGUUGACCGUUGACCCUCCGAUUUGGGGUACGUCGUUUCUAGAACGCCGUGAGUUUUUCAAUCUAACGGCGUUAACUCUCGAAUCUCGUUUCUGGCCGUGGCAAGAACAAGCCGUUCCUUAUCCGACGUCGUUUCACCCACACAGCUUGCCGUUUUUGGAAUCGUGGAUCCGUCGUGUCCGUCGCUCACGGCGAACUUCUCUUAUGCUCUUCGCCGGCGGCGGAGGUACCUCCUCUUCUCCGAACAUCCGCCGUAGCAUCCGAUUAGAGUGCACAAGCGUAAACGCCACCGAAACCGAAUCGAAAUCGGAUAAAAUCUGCGAUUUUGUUGAUUGUUCUAAUGGAAUCUGUGAGCAUGAUCCGAUCAGAUUCAUGAGACCAAUGUUACAAUCAUCGUUUUGUUUACAACCACCAGGAGAUACACCAACACGUAAAGCUACAUUCGACGGAAUCAUCGCCGGAUGUAUACCGGUGUUUUUCGAAGACCAAACGGCGAAAAUGCAGUACAAAUGGCAUUUCCCGGAGUCCGAAUUCGCGGAGUUUUCGGUGACGAUUCUGAAAGAAGAUGUUGUAUUCAGAGGAGUUAGAAUCCAAGACGUGUUGAUGAGUAUACCUAAAGAAGAAGUUACGAGAAUGAGAGAAAAAGUUAUAGAGAUGAUGCCUAGAGUUAUGUAUAGAAGACAUGGUGCUUCAAUGGGAUUGAUGAAUAAAAAAGAUGCUGUUGAUAUUGCCAUUGAUGGAGUUUUGGAGAAGAUUAAAUCUAGAGUUUGAUGAUUAUUAACAACAGUUUAAACAGGUAUGUAUAAUGUUGUUGUUUGUUUAAUUACUAUACUUUAAUUCUUUUUGAUUGUUCAUGUUUGAGAUCAAUGAUAUAUACUUGUGGUUACAUUAAUAAUGAAUGUUAAGGUUUAGGUGAGAUUUGUUUUUUUGGAUCAUUGUAAGUCCUGGUAAUGAUUAGUGAUUAGUAGUGUAAUGUUUUUGCUAGUAAAGAACUAUUGGACUU